GUGAUAACAUUAGUGAUAGCGUUUCUGUCGCCUUUUGUGCUUUCGGGUGACAAAUUUGAGUUUAGUGCCAUCGUUUGAAUCCUCUUCUGUCCAGGUCCAGAAUCAGCUGGACUAUACAUUUCUAGUUUGAUCCGAGGAUUCGAUGGACACGUUGGCCGCUGGGCCGCCCUCGAUCGGAGGGCUCGGCGGCGGUGGUAGUGACGGAUCGCCUUGCCAAACGCGAGAUGUACGCGAAUGGCAACACCUAGAUCCGCUCACUGGCGACAGGCUAAGGGCAAGGUUGCAGGCUGACAGAUGGAUUGUUGGACAAGCUGGAAGAUAUGAUAAGGUUGUUGACAGCCGCGAUGUGACUGCAGCCGAUGGGCGUCUACAUUCGCAGCACAAACAGUUGGAGAUGCUCCAAGCGCGAACGGCGCAAGGCAGCGUCCAGGUCGUGAGAACCCGAACCGUCUCUUCGGCGUGUUGGAGCAGCGACCACGUGCCUCCACCGGCUCUCCCGCAAUCUUCUGUGCUGGACACAGACUAUGAUGGUUUGGAGUUGCAGGCGCCCUUAAAUUUAAGCACUCAGCGUGAACGAGCAGAAAUUGGUCGCAGCGGGUCGCUUGCUACCCGACGACCUCCAACAAGAAGAAGGGAUAAAAUUCUUCACAACACACCAGAAAUGACCGAUACUUUCCGUGAAGAGUCUCCAGUAUCUUUCAAUCGAGUUGAAAUGUCGGAUAAUAAACAGUCUGCUGAGCAGAAAGAAAUUUAUCGAAGCAACUCCACAGAAGAUCUAUCAAGCUUAGAAAAAUUUAAUGAUGAAUACGAACAAGUUGGAGAAUGGAGACGUGUUUCGAAAAUACGGCGUUCUUUACAAUUACGCGGAAAAGCUGCAACAAAUACUUACACGUCCAAACCUAUCGAUCUGCCUAGCAUUCCAGGUUGUGUAUCUAAAAUCCGACAAGAGCUUGAAAACAGUACAAGUGUAAAACAGCCAGUUCCUAUAAAAUAUAUUAGACCCAAGAGGCAUACGUUUAUCACUAUGGACUCACUGCUAGACGUGCGGGGUCACCUCAGAAAGUCAUUACCUGUUAAUGAAAUGACGAAUUCAAAUAAAAAGAGUUUAGAAGAUGAGAACGAUGAUGGGAUUGUAGUACGAGGAGAUUUAGAUUCUGAUGUCAAAUCUGGCCCUGUUCGUACGUACGUAUAUGGUAUGGAAAAUGCGGCUAAUAACGGCACAGGAAGUUUAGAGACGCGUCGCGCAAGGGACACUGAAGAUUGGCAUGCUCGUCGCAAGUCGUAUGGUUUUGAGGGCGUGUUAGCCGCUGCUCCUGUCUCUACAUCUAUGGUUCGAUCGGAUACGUCUACGGACAGCGGUAUAUGCAGGUCUACGGAAUUGACUAAUGGAUUAUUUGACGGGCGCAGCACUGUGGUCACUUUAGGCCAAAAUUUUGAUCGCCUAAAUGGUGUCACUACUAUACCCAUAACUCUCAGUAAGACGUCAACUCCUAUAAACAACAACGAACAUGGCUUUUAUCGUCAGACAUCUGAAGACAAAAACGAUACUGACAAAAAAGAUAUUGCGGAUCUUGCUGAAAAUGAAGACGAUAUUUCAAGUACAAAGAGAGGCAAGAAAGUUGAAUUUUGCAAAACCGAAGUACACUUUGCCGCAGAUAGUGGCCGCGUAAAUAUUGUAGAGACUGAUGGUAAACCACCACCAACUCAAAAUUUUAGAAGACGCCGCCGCAUCACUUCCAUUGGUAGUGCGAUGAGCCCAGAAUCAAAAUCUAAUCUACCUGUUAUUCAUUUUGGGGACGACGAGCAGAACAAACUUGUACCGGAGACAAGUGGCGAAGCAGAUAGCUCAUUUAGAAACGUAGUAAAAGUAAAGCCUGUUCGACCUAGAUCAUUCCAUAUGGGCGACACAACGACUAGUAUUGGAGACAGUCUUUGGGGAGUAAAACUGCGUCACGUUUCACCCGUUCACAACGAAACAUUACAAAAUGAAAUUGAGCAGCAUUCGACUUUUGAAAAAUCUUCCGAGACUUCGGUUAUUGAUAAUUGUCAAUGGUCUUCAGUUGCAGAUCGUGUGCGUGCAGUUGAGCACAGAAGAAGCCUAGGAUUUUCAACAAAAGUCAAUUUCGGUUCUGGGGAACCAAUUGUAGAAAGUAGAGGAUCCAUUAAAGGUCGAACUUCACAAGACUGGAAUAAUAUUCAUCCAGCCAAGCCAUCUUCGGAAUCUUCUUUGCCGCAAUUGUUAGUAAGCCAUAGCGAUAAUAAAGUCGAAGAAAUAAAGUCACCAACAGCACAUAUGAAUUCUAUUGAUGAUUUUCCAACAGAAAAUGUUAAAUAUAUUGAUAAACCCAAAAAAAUAGAAAUAGGGCCAAUUCCUUCAAUAAUUGAAAGAAAGGACAAUCUUCGUCGUUCUCUUGAUCGCAAUAAUAUCUGCAGUUUGAAAGUAUCACGAUCGAAAUCGCCUCGUGCGAAUUCGCCUCGCGGCAAGUCUCCCAAUUCAAGUUCUACACGACUAAGUCCCAUUCAGAAAAAAUCUCCUUUGCUUGGAACGCCAAAGACAAAAAUCAGGAGAGAAAAAUCUCCAAAUAAAUCUCCAAAUAAAUCUAGAAGUAAAUCGCCAAAUAAAUCGCCAAACGUGAGAAAAUCUGCGUCCUCAAAUAAAACACCAGUUAGUGCUAAUAUUGAACUAAAAAUUCCUAGUACCUUUAGUGGUAGCCCGUACAGACAACUACGUGGACGCGAACUUGCAUAUUUUGGCGUAAAUUCAAAUAACCGUAUAUCUAAUAAUAAGAGCACCGCCAAAACUGCAACGAGCAAAAAUAAUGACAAAGUAGAUGAUUACGUUAAUAUAUCGAAACCUAGUGAUAAUCUUAAAACACCAAUAAAUAAGCAAAAAAUCGAUAAAUCACUUGAAAAGAUGAAGUCUCCAGAUACAAUCAAAUCUAAAGAUACAAAUGCAAUUUAUCAAAAUGUUACGGGUAUUACAAAAUUGACAAACGGCGUUAGUAACGCAAAUAAGAUGAACGGGGAUGAGACAUUAAAAGUUGCGGAAGAAAUCGUAAUAACUUCGAAUAACCAUUCCGGAUAUAAUGAAAAGUCUCCAGCUAUCACAGAAACGCCGAAAGGACGUGGUCGUGAAAGAGUCCUUAACGAUGAAGGCGUACAAGUAUCACGCGGAUACAGGGAAAACCAAAGAAGGUGCCAACAAAAUACGUCUUCCAAAGGAUUAUCACCGCAUACUUCACCAAACAAAAGAUCUCCUUCAUAUCCGGUUGCGCUAUCAUCUGCUGAUUCUAUAGACCGUCCGAGAACUAAAAGACGCAGUAAAGAAUCUUCAGCUUCAACUUUAUCACCAGAGAAACAGAACGGCGUCGAUGCCAGCGAUCUUGCCAAUUCUCUUAAACAUUUAACUAUGAGCUCUAACCAGCAAGAUGCCCACAAUCAGCGAACUAGCCGACGACAUCAUAUACAACGAGUAAGCAGUCGUGAGGCUCUUCUAGAGGCAACACUUGAUAGUUCAGAGGAUGAACAACAGAUUAAAGAUUCUGGAAUAAUUAGGCGGUAUCGCAGACACGAACGCUCUUGUGAUAGGCGAGCUCCGAUACCAGAAUAUCAUCAUAAAACUGUCACCUCAACUAUUAAGAGUGUUGCAGAGAAAGCAGCAGCAAAAUCGACUAAAAAAAUAUCUGAAAGGCAUACAAGAACGGAAAAAAACGAUUAUGGAAAUGAUGUUCUCAUCUAAUACUAGUCUCUUAUGCGGCGGACAUUUUACGAAACAAACUCCAACAAUAAAUCAUAACAGAUAAUAUUUUUAUACUGCAUAUUUUAUUUCACACGAGCAAUUUUUAUAUGUUUAAAGAA